CUCCGUGACACCUUUUGCGCGUGUCCCACCCGUUCCGUCCAAGGGAUGCAGUCCUUGACAAGGAGAGCUUGUGUUGGUGUGCAGCGUUUGCAAUCGCAGCGGUCUCGGAUCGUGCAGUGGGAUGGCCGACGUCUUUCUAGCAACUUCAACCCUUUACAAUGGAUCCAACAGAAAUUUGCUCCUUCAGUCCGUAAAUCUACUGCGCCAGAUGCCCCCAAACAGGAAACUGCCGAUCUUGUCCCUGCUCAGCAAGAAGCCUUCACGGAGGCAAAGCUGAUCGAGGGGAGCACAAAGCACCAAAAGAAGAAGAAGGUCGCCGAGGCAGCACCAGAAGUGGUCGAGAAGCAGUCUGCUCCUGAGCACAAAUACUCCACGGCGAACUUCAAAAUCUCGCACAGGAAAUUGAAUAUGCUUGGGAGGCAAAUAUCCGGAAAGCCAAUUGAUCACGCCAUCAUGCAGAUGCAAUUCAGUGAAAAACGCGCAAGUAACCGGAUAAUGAGCAUGCUUGCCACGGCUAAGCUACACGCGACUGUGUACAAGAACAUGGACCCAUCAAAAUUAGUUGUCUCGGAAGCUUGGGUGACCAAGGGGGAAAACCGACUUAAGCGGCUGGAGCCCCGUGGAAGGGGAAAGUUUGGUAUUCGAGUCCAUCCUGAUUCGCGAUUGCAUGUAAUCCUGCGACCAGGAAAGACCUAUGACCAGGUUGUGAAGGAACAGCGAGAACGGCGGCUGAAGAGGAUUGUUUCAGCUGGUCUGGUGAGGGAAGAUGUCCCUCUGCGUAAUCCUGCAUCCUUCUGGCAGUGGUAGCCAACAUCUCGGAAGACGCUGAGUCUUAUCGAAUAGUAUUUACCCUGUCGCUUAGGGGUUGGGCGGCUAUGUACAUAGGCUAUGUCGUUGCCUACUAUAAACAACACUAUACAUUCUUUG